AUGGCUUCAUUUGGCCUCACGCAGCUGCCAGGGUUUUCGCGCCAAACAUAUUCCAAUGCGACGAAAGUGGCCAUCAACACCUGGCUGGCCGAACUGGUUGCAGGCACUCGAGCAGUUGGCGAGCAGACGGUUGUCUGGAGCCUGUUGCUGGAGACGCGCGAACUCCAAACAUUGUCCGCCCUUCGUGCAACCGGCCUACAGGCUUGGAAGAAUGUGAAGCAAUUGCACAAACAGCCCCUGCACUUUGCGUCGUCCCGAUGUCCGGGCUUCGACUUUGUGUGGCUGGAUUACUAUGAGUGCAACCUCGCAGAGGUCAUCCCCUGGUCGGCGAAGGCGGACCUCCGCACGCUCUUUGCGGCCUCGCUUCUCCGCCCCCACUGCAUCCUGGCCGUGACCCUCUCGGGGUCCUUGGAGUUGCGGCCUUGCCAAAGGGGUGAGCUGGUGGACGCCCUGGUGCUCUGUGUGCGGGCCGCGGCACGCGAAGCUCAUCGCCAGGCCGUGGGGAAAGUUGAGCCGGAAGUCCUUCUGAAUUUCUCGCCGUGUCCACCACGUCCUCUGGAGGUGGCCUUACUUGGCACCAUGGAGUACAAGGCUCCCACUCCCAUGGUGCUGGCAGCCUUUGUGGUCGACCAUGAUGCAGAUUCGGGGCUUCUGGCCCGAAAACCGGUUGCAGAAGGACUCAGCUUUGUGCCUGGCGCCGAUUGGCGUGUGGGCCUUGGCCUGGCUUCUGGCCUGGAGCUGCCACUUGCAAGGGCCCUGAGGUUCGCCGCCAAGGCGUUUGCCACCUCGGCGGAGAGAGGAGCACGCGCUCUUGCGCUGGAAUCGGUAAAGCUGUUGCCCGUCACCCAAGCUCUGGAAGCCUUUGGUUGCACGGUGCUCUCAUCCCUGCCCGACCAGCUAGAGGCUGAGGUCGCUGCCGCCAUCCAUGAACGGGAGAUCGGUGUACUUUCUGGAGCUGCACUGCUGGAGUACCUCCAACAUCUGGCGAGCCGAACUCCACGGGAGAUGUUCGCGGUUGCAUGGCUUGGCUAUGAUGCUGGCAGGGCCUGCACCUCAACACAGCUUCACAGCUGCAGUGACUGGUCACACCUCAACGAGCUGCUGGCCCUGCAGCUUCUUUCACCAGAUGCGCUGCUGGCAGUCACCGUGGCUUAUGUCUCGACAGCUGAAGUCUGGCUGGGUAGUGCUGUUGAUUGGACACUGGCCGGCCUGAGACAAGCCUGCUUCCGUCAUGGGUACAGCAUUGCGGCAGUGUCGGUCAUGAAGUUCACAGCGAACAACUCGCGGCUUGCGGUGUUCGUGCGUCUUGGAAGUCAGACUACCACGGAGGUGGGUUUGCUACCGCCAGCUUUGCUGGAAGCACCCGGCUGCGAGGAGGCCGCCGUGGAGUUCCACCGCAAUUGGGACGAAAGUCGGGUGAAGGCCCCAUCUCUGGAGGGGAAACGGCUGCAGAAGCUGCUGCCACUGCUCCGUCAACUUCUGGCUGCAGGGGGUGCCAUGGGUGCCACCGCCCUGAUCCAUGAGCCUGGUUUCGUCACGUUGGUGCCAGAACUACGCCGGGCUUGCCACAAUCGCCUCAUUUGCUGCGUGUGCGAUGAUCCCGUCGUGCUACGUGAGCUGGAUCGACGAGGGCAUGAGGUGGUGGAAUCUUCUGCUGUGCAAGAUGAAAUCCUACAAGGAUGCGGUGUGCUGGCCCUGCUCGAGGAUUGUGGCCCCGUGGCUUGGCGCAGACGCUGGCAGGACUUGGCGGUACGAUGGCUUCGCCUGCACCUUGGGGUGGAUGACAAACUCCUCAUCCUCCUGCUGGAGGCGUCGCAGCUCCAGCUUGCGAUGGACUUGCUCGGAGAGCUGAAGAUGGAAGCAGGGGGCACUAUCUUGACUGGCUUCAGCUUCGUGCAAGGGUCCAGGCGCUGGGUCUUUGCAGCCCUCGCUCUGGCGCAGGUUUCUGCCCCAGCUCGAUUGGCGCUGCCGCAGGUUCAGGGCAUCCAGUUGCUUUGCCUGGACGUCUAUUUGAGCAAGAAGAUCGCCAUACCGCAUCAGCUGGCGCUGCAGGUGGUGUCUUGGAACUCAGCGCAGGGAUGGAUUGCUUGCGGAGGCGAGAGCGGCCUGCUCAAGGUCCUGAAGCUCGAGUCCACCUCUGAUGGGGCCGCGAAAGCUGCGGCCGGACAGAGCAAUCUGUCCAUGAAUCAGACGCUGGAGGGCCACCAAGGUACGAUCAUGGUCAUCACCUGGAAUGAAAACUUCCGGAAGCUGACCACCAGCGACCAGAAUGGCCUCAUCAUCGUUUGGAUGCUCCACAGAGGAAUCUGGUUUGAGGAAAUGAUCAACAAUCGAAACAGAAGUGUCGUUCGAGACAUGAAAUGGAGUGCCGACUGCCAGAAGAUAUGCAUCAUCUAUGAAGAUGGUGCAGUUAUAGUUGGCACGGUAGAUGGGCAAAGGCUGUGGGGGAAGGAAGUCAAGACGCAGCUUGCCUUUGUAGAGUGGUCGCCGGAUGGCAAGAACAUCCUCUUCUGCACUCUCAAUGGCGAGGUGCAUGUCUACGACAAUGAAGGAAUCUAUUCCCACAAGGUGCCAAUCUACUGCCUCGACAGUGGCACCGAGGGCACCGUAGCAAUCGCCGGCAUUGACUGGUUCGCAGGGCCCAAUGGCCCGGAGAACCAGACGCCGACUCUUUGUUUGGGCUUCGAGAACGGCCGUGUUCAGAUCAUGAGAAGUGAUGCCGAUGACAAGCCCGUGCUUUUGGACACACAGCUGCGGUGCACUGGUCUGAAGUGGGAUCCAAAUGGCUCGGUGAUCGCCAUUGCGGGCGUGCAGAGUCAGGGGGCAUCCGCUGCAGACCGUGAGGUGGGCAUUGUGCAGUUCUACGCUCCGAGUGGGCAGCAUCUCAGAUCGUUGAGAGUUCCAGGGCAAAACCUACGCUCGAUCUCCUGGGAAGGUUCUGGUCUUCGACUAGCGCUGGCAGUUGAUUCACAUAUCUUCUUCGCCAACAUCAGGCCAGACUACCUUUGGGGAUAUUUCUCAAAGACGCUGGUGUACGCUGUGUUGCGGAAAGAGCGCAAUGAGCAUGUCGUCGUGUUCUGGGACACCCAUAGCGACGAGAAAUACACCAAGUACAUUAAGCACGUGACGCAUAUUAGAUCCUCUGAGGAGUACUGUGUCCUUGUCACCAAGGCAGACGAUGCUAGUGGACAGCACAUUGUCAUAGUUUGCAAUGACAUCGGCAGUCCGGUGGACUCCAAGUAUAUGCAGCUGGACCCAGUCCAUGUUGCGAUGACGAACUCGCACGUCAUCGUCACUUCCGAGGACAUUGUUUAUAUCUGGAGCUAUCGCACGAGUGUUUCCCGACAAGCACAGGGCGACCUGGCUUCAGCUGCCGGAAUGGGCAUCAAGCAGAAGAGGGCAGAGAUGAUGUUUCACAUCGACGAGUCCUUUGCACCCGGCAGCGGGACCCAUGACAAGGAAAGCUUCGUGCCGCCUUCCAUGACUACACAGGAUCCCAUUGCCUGUAUCUGUGCCACGGAGCAAUGCCUGCUGAUAGCACGGGAAAGCGGCGUGGUGCAUCGCUAUGCCCUGCCCCACCUGUCGUUGGAAGCACGCUUCACCAUCCGAUGUCGGCCCCAGGUGAUAGCUGCCAACUGCGACAGCACGAGGAUGUCAGUCAUUGACAUCAACGGCGUGCUCCUGCUUUUUGACAUCGAGAUCGUCAAUCAUGGCUUCUUCAGCCAGCACGCGGAGACCAACUCGCAGGACAAUGGGCCUGGCAAACAGCUGGACUUUGAGCGCAAAGAUGUCUGGAACAUGAGAUGGGCAACCGACAAUCCGGACCUCUUCGCCAUAAUGGAGAAGACGCGGAUGUACAUAGUCCGGGGCCUUCAGCCCGAGGAGCCCGUGCUCUCCAACGCGUACAUAUGCGCCUUCAAGGAUCUCCAAAUCCAAAGCGUGCUCAUUGACGAGGUCAUACAGAAUCCAGAGAAUCCCCGGAAGGAGGUGCUCUUGGACUUUGAGACAAAAAGUCUCAGAGAUACGCGUGACAUCCUCACGAAGGUGUCCAACCUGAAGGAUGCCUUCAACUAUGUUGACGCGAACCCACACCCGAGGCUCUGGAGGCUGCUGGCGGAGGCCGCCUUAGAACAGCUCGAGUUCGGCGUAGCCGAGAAGGCCUUCGUGCGCUUCGAGGACUACCAGGGCAUCCAGCUGGUGAAGCGCCUCCGCCUUCUGGACGACCGGGUGAAGCAGAAGGCUGAGGUGGCGGCCUAUUUCCAGCGCUUCGACGAGGCGGAGAGCCUGUACAGGGAGAUCGACCGAAAGGACCUCGCCAUCGAUCUUCGGGUGCGCCUGGGUGACUGGUUCCGAGUCAUUCAGCUGGCGCAUGGUGCCAACGAGGAACUGCUGCACCAAGCAUGGAGUGCGAUCGGCGAUUACUACGCGGACCGCUGCAAGUGGCCCAAUGCAGCCAACUACUACGCCAAGGCAGGAAACAAUGCUGCACUGGUGGACACGUACUAUUUCUUGGAGGAUUACGACUCCCUGGAAAGACUAAUCCCGCAGCUGCCGGAAGGCAGUCCGCUCCUGACAGAGGUGGGCAACAAGUUCGCCUCCGUUGGGCUUUGCGAGCAGGCCGUCCAGGCUUAUUUGCGCCACGGCGACGUCAAGACGGCGGUUGACACGUGUGUCCUGCUGAACCAGUGGGAACUGGCGGUGAACCUCGCGCAGCAACAUAACUUCCAGCAGAUCGAAGGUCUCCUGGCAAAGUACGCCCAGCAUCUUCUUGACAAGAACAAGAAGAUUGAGGCUGCCAAAGCAGUCGUUCAGUACUUCGGCAGUGCAGCUUUACCGGAAGGCAAGCCGCCACACGGAGGCCAGGGAUCAAAGUUCGAAGCUCGAACUCCAGCAGCAUUCAAGAAGAAGCAAUCAGCAGUACCACUCGGAGCAGCAGACCUCAUGCAUCUCAGCAUGCUGCGUCUUUGUGGCCUGCCCAUCAUUCCCAACUCACUCUUAUGUUUGCACGUCCAGCUUUCGGACCGCAGCCAGGCAGCGAAACUGCUGAAUCAGAUGGCCAGGGAGAUGCCAGGCCUUGUCCAAUGCAGUGGCAGGGGAAGCAGAAGCAGCAGUGACAGCCAAGAGGACACGCACUCCUCAAAUUUCGGGUUGCUGUCAUAG